AUGAAACAAAUAGCACGACCAUGUCGGAUGUUGUGGAAUUUGCACCGACAGAGGAAUAUGCUUAUGUUUGCACCAGAAAUUAUUGUUCCUACAUUACCAACUACUUAUAGACCAUUAGAGGAAAAUAGACGACAAUUGGAUGAAAGAUUGAGGAGUUUAAAUGACAGCGAAGCUUUAAAAGAAGCCAGAAGGAAAUUCGAAUUAAUCGAAAAAGAAACUUUGAAGAGUUCACAACUUAUCCAAAACAAAAUCAACGAAGUCCGUGAUCAUAUAUCAAAGAUAGUAGUGGAAGUGCAGAAAACGGAAACAGGGAAAAAGGUUUCUUUGGCCGCAGAAGAAAUAUUGAAGCAGGUAAAGAAUGCUGCAGAAAUGAUGGAAAAAGCGGCAGAACAAAUUGGAGACAACGAAUUGUAUCAGAGUGUUAGCUCAUCAGUGAAAAUGAUCAAAGAUGAAGUUGAUAGUAUUGUCGAUGUACGGAUGUAUACUCGACCAGAUCAGUUAAGAAUGCGCUCAGCAUCUUUUUCUACUUACACUGACCGGAUUGUGGAAGCUAAUCCAAAUGCAGUUGAUGUAGAACUUCAUAAAGAAUCCAAGUGGUAUGCUGGAUGGAAAACUUUCUCCGAAAAUAAUAUUUAUUAUAAUAAAAUUUUGGAUUGGAAAAUGCGUUUGGAUGAAAGUGAUAAUUUAGCGUUGAGAAUGAUGCGGAGCUUUACGGACAAAAUUUCCUCACUAUUCGGUCAUAGUGAAAUAUCAGAAGUGCUUUCUGAAAUUCAGAAAGUUGAUCCGAAUUUUGAUAAAAAUGAAUGGUUACGUUUUUGCGAAAAAGAGAUAAUCCCGAACGUCAUGGAAGCAUUUAUUCGUGGUGAUUUGAAAAUUCUCAAAGACUGGUGUUACGAAAGAGCUUAUAAUAUUUUAUCAACAAUUGUCAAUGAAUACAAAAAGGUCAAUUUUAGUACAGCAGAUAGUCGCGUCAUUGAUAUCGAUAGGGUUGAGAUGGUUACUGGUAAGAUGAUGGAACAUGGGCCAGUGAUAAUAAUCACAUUUCAAGCUUAUAUGGUAAAUAUUGUGAGGAAUAUGGAGGGAAAAGUUGUCGAAGGUGAUCCGAAUAGUCCGGUACGUGUCCAUCAUGUGUGGGUAAUGUGUCGUGAUAUGAAAGAGUAUAAUCCAAAGAUGGCAUGGAAAGUGCUUGAAAUACACAUGCAAAAGGGUAAUUUAGCGUUGUGA